GUGGAGGCCAGUGGAGGGAUCGGCAGAGAAGGGUGGAGGACACUGAGUGGAGAGGAGUGGAGGACACUGAGUGGAGGGAUUGGCAGAGAGGGGUGGAGGACACUGAGUGGAGGGAUUGGCAGAGAGAGGUGGAGGGCACUGAGUGGAGGCCAGUGGAGGGAUUGGCAGAGAGGGGUGGAGGACACUGAGUGGAGGCCAGUGGAGGGAUCGGCAGAGAAGGGUGGAGGACACUGAGUGGAGGUCAGUGGAGGGAUUGGCAGAGAGGGGUGGAGGACACUGAGUGUAGGCCAGUGGAGGGAUUGGCAGAGAGAGGGGUGGAGGACACUGAGUGGAGGCCAGUGGAGGGAUUGGCAGAGAGGGGUGGAGGACACUGAGUGGAGGCCAGUGGAGGGAUUGGCAGAGAGGGGUGGGGGAC